CUCAUCAUAGUUCUCUCUCUUAUACUCACAGCAGCUUUCUGCUUUCUGUAAUUGAGUAAUUAACUCUUUUGCAAGGAAGCUAGCUAGCUAUGGGUAUUGAGAUGGAGCAACCUUGUGUGGAGCUUUCAAAAGUUGCAGUUUCUGAAACUCAUGGGGAAGAUUCUCCUUAUUUUGCUGGGUGGAAAGCCUAUGAUGAGAACCCCUAUGAUGAAUUAACCAAUCCCUCAGGAGUUAUACAAAUGGGGUUGGCAGAAAAUCAAGUUUCAUUUGAUUUGCUUGAAAAGUACUUGGAAGAGCAUUCAGAGGCUUCCACAUGGGGAAAAGGAGCUCCUGGGUUCAGAGAGAAUGCUUUGUUUCAAGACUAUCAUGGGCUUAAAACCUUCAGAACAGCAAUGGCAAGCUUCAUGGAACAAGUGAGAGGUGGGAGAGCAAAAUUUGACCCUCAAAGACUUGUCCUCACUGCAGGUGCAACUGCAGCCAACGAACUCUUAACCUUCAUCCUCGCUAACCCAGGAGAUGCUUUACUCGUUCCAACCCCUUACUAUCCUGGAUUUGAUAGAGAUUUAAGGUGGAGAACUGGGGUAAACAUAGUUCCCAUCCACUGUGACAGCUCAAACAACUUCCAGAUUACUCCCGAAGCCUUAGAGGCCGCAUACAAAGACGCAGAAGCCAUGAACUCCAAAGUGAGGGGAGUUCUAAUCACAAACCCUUCAAACCCAUUAGGUGUAACAAUUCCACGUUCGGUUCUUGAGGAGAUUCUUGACUUCGUGACUCGCAAGAACAUCCAUCUGGUCUCAGACGAAAUCUACUCAGGCUCGGUUUUCUCUUCCUCCGAGUUCACAAGCGUGGCAGAAAUCCUCGAGGCUCGCCAAUACAAAGACGCGGAAAGAGUUCACAUUGUUUAUAGCCUGUCCAAAGACCUUGGCCUUCCUGGCUUCAGAGUUGGCACCAUUUACUCAUACAACGACAAGGUUGUGACCACAGCGAGGAGAAUGUCGAGUUUCACCUUAAUAUCUUCUCAGACACAGCACUUGUUGGCUUCUAUGUUGUCGGAUAAGAAGUUCACCGAGAACUAUAUCAGGACCAACAGGGAGAGGCUGAGGAAGAGGUACCAAAUGAUCAUUGAAGGGUUGAGAAGUGCGGGGAUCGAGUGCUUGAAGGGGAAUGCAGGGUUGUUUUGCUGGAUGAAUCUAAGUCCACUUUUGGGGAAUUAUAAGGCCAAAGGAUCAAGGGAACUAGGUGGUGAAUUGGAGCUUUGGAAUGCUAUUCUGCAUGAACUGAAGCUAAAUAUCUCUCCAGGCUCUUCUUGCCAUUGUUCUGAACCAGGUUGGUUCAGGGUCUGCUUUGCAAAUAUGAGUGAGCAAACGCUGGAAAUUGCAUUGCAAAGAAUACGUGACUUCAUGGAACGAAUAAGGACAGAAAGCGUUUAGUUUUUUUUUUUUUUUUAUAAUCUGUGGAAGACAAAUAUAAAAAAUUUACAACAACUCAGGCACUGCUGAAUCAAUUGAACUAAAGUCCCUCAGGACAAAGCGCGUUUGUUUUUUUUCAAAUGGUUAUUUGGACUGGCCAUUUUGAUAAA